CGAGGAAUGAGUGAAGGUUUGAGGAAUUCUUUUUUUAAUUCGUGGAGGCUGGUUACCGCGAGACACAGGCAACCUCCUGGUGACGAGCAGCCGCAGAUAGACAGAGAUUAGUCACUUUCAGUGCGGUUUCCCAUGUCAUGCAGCUGUGAGCUCAGCUGCAGCACACAAUGCCCAAGCCGCAGAGUUAGCUGGUGGCUCUGAGGGCACAGGUCACUAGGCGCAGCGGGAUGGCCACACCAUUCAGUCAUACCUGGGAGAGCUUCUGGGAUGAACCCUACAGGAAGGAAGUCCCGUCAUGUAUUCGAUAGUAUUACCAGCCCAGUGGAGAAAAAUUCAGGCAUGGAGUGGCAAUUGCCUGGAUUUCGCAGGAGGAGGAGCCUUAUGCAACCGGUCACGACAAGUGUUGACGGGGUCAUGGGGCAUCAUCACGGAUGGGCCCGGGCCAUACCCUGAGGCAUCACACUGUCAGUGGCUCAUUCGAGCCUCACUUCCUGGCCAGCACAUAACACUCAACAUUACAAGCGUUGAGACAGAGUGCUCAUAUGACCACAUUUAUGUAUACGAUGGCGAGACCUAUGACUCCCCAACACUAGGUGUAUUCUCAGGCAACACCACCCUUCCCCCUCCAGUAACAGCCAGCUCAGGGGCGAUGCUCAUCCUGCUGUACUCAGACCCCAACUAUGCUCUAGAUGGCUUUGUGGCGGAGUAUUACGUAACAGUUUGCCCAUUGAACUGUUCAUCUCAUGGUACAUGUGAGAACAAUGUUUGUAUCUGUGAUGAGCUGUAUACUGGCAGUGGCUGUGAAUACCAGCACUGCCCAGAAAACUGUGGCAUAGCCUACAACCGUGGGCACUGUUUCAAGCCUCAGCCAACGGCAAGGGAGCCUAAACCUGCUCCAUACUGUCAGUGUAAUAAGGGCUAUUUUGGUGAUGGCUGUUCUCUUAGCCUUGCUGAUAAUGAAGGAGGAAAUUGGUAUUGGCUGUGGAGAGGUGGGGGACCCUUGAACAGCAGAACGAGCCAUGCUAGUGUUUAUCUGCCACAUCUGGACCGCCUCUUUGUGUAUGGAGGAUACAAUUUAAAUCAUAUUUUGGGUGACCUCCUGAUCUAUGACUUUGGAACAAGUGGCUGGGUCAAUGUCAGUGACCCAGCUAGCCAAAGUCGCCUCAGCCGCCGGUUGAAUUCACAACGCACAGUCCGCCUAAAGGGCAUGGUGGAGAACCACAUUGCCAACAGUUCUCUCUUGAAGAACCUGACUUUCUCUGUAAACAGUAACAACACAGUGAGUGUCAAACUCAAAAACCUCCAGAGUGAUAACCCUCGUGUGCGUCGCAUGAUCAGGCCAAGCGAAGAGCUGAACCACACCCCUGCCAGCCACAACUUAAGGGUAGUAAGCCCUGGUGCUAGAUAUGGACAUGCAAUGGAAGUCUACGACAAGCAUUUUGUUCUGUUUGGAGGAAAGAUGAUUUCAGGUGAAGUGAGCAAUGAACUUUGGCUUUAUAACACAACCCUCGAUGAGUGGCGCCUCCUGAAGGGGCAGGAAGGAGACCCAGCAGACUCCAACCAGAGUGGUGAUGGUCCGCCUGGUCUAAUGUAUGCCACACUGACCCUGGUUGAUAAUCAGUGGAUUUACUUGUUUGGAGGCAGCUUGGAACAUGGAGAGUUUUCCAGCCGAAUGUAUCGCAUCAACUUAGGAGGAGACAGAGUUUGGGAAAGGGUCAUUGCCAAAGGUGGAAAUGACCUGGAAGCUCGGGUGGUAGGUCACUCAACAGUGUAUCAUAGCCAGUCAAGGUCCUUGCUUGUUUACGGAGGCAUUCGUGUUGAUGUUGCAAGGUUCUCCAAACUCUCCAAUCGACUCCUGAUCUUUGAUGUUGACAAACUGUAUUGGUCACAAAUCCAAAAUCCUGAGAAAACUGGGCCUCAUGUGCCUUUGGAGAGAGCCUUUCACACUGCGGUAAUUGCAGGAAACUAUAUGGUUGUUUUUGGAGGUUAUAUGCACAAACACAAAGAAGAGGAAAAGUGCUUUGAUGAUAAGUUGUACCUGUAUCACCUUGGCUGCCAUGUGUGGGUAUCAGAGCAACUAGCCCCUUCAAGUCACAAAGGAAAUUACCCAAAAAUUCAAGGUGUUUACGGUCAUAGUGUGUUUCUCCGUGGUGGCAACACAAUGAUUGUGGUAGGAGGGUUUCAUGGCACAGUAAACAAUCAUGUGCUAGCAUAUGUCCUCCCCUCAACCCUUGUACCAGCAGAGGGCAAGGACUUAGAUAUGGAUGAAGCCUGCAGAAGACACGAUAACCAGGCAAGAGGAGCUAAUUGCACCAACAAUUUGCAGACUUCUCAGUGUCCAGGAAUCUGCCCAUCUUUGCAUUCAUGCCAGUCCUGUACAAUUCAUGGAAAUCAUUCAUGGGGCAAACCAUGUACAUGGUGUGUCACAACAGGUACUUGCCAUGAACUGGUGGAAACAAGUGGAGUUCAUGGUCGCUGCGGUUCCCGAGAUGAUAACCCUUAUGGUCAGGAAGGCUGGUGGGGACCCAAAGGGGAAGAACUUAAAUCUCCCGAAGAAUGCCGACUGAAGGAUUAUCGGCCAGGGAUUACAUUCCUGAAGUACCGUCACCCUGUUGACCUGCUCAGACCAGACUUUAUGGCCAUUUUGAACUCCACAUACCAGGAACUACAAGACACACAGGACUUUUGGGGUGCAAAGGAAUUACAGGCAGGUGGAAGCACCUUGGUACAGUUCAUUGGUUACAUUCAUCCUCUGGUGAUCCCAGAAGUUAAGGGGAAUAAGGAUCUUGUGGUGUCCGUAAAAGCUUCACAUAUGAAUGCUUCUCUCUGGUUAUCUCAUGAUGAUACUGAAGAGAACUUGGAGUUAGUUGCUACCAUAAAAGCAAAGGCAGAAAAGAGAAAAGCUGAUAGACCGGGAGGAGUUCCUGUCUUUCCAGUACUGACACGAGGUUAUCGCUAUCUAACAAAGCUCCAGAUGUAUCAGCAGGUGCAGUCAUCAGCUCCUCAGAGUGGAGUCAUGAGUAUAACUUGGAGUGGGCACUCUCCUACUCCUUUGAUUUUAACUAUUGCUUCCCUUGAGCCAUACAAGAAAGGGGGAUUAUCUUGUAGUGCUCAUGAUACUUGCAUAGCCUGCCUCUCAGAUGCUGCUUGUGGGUGGUGCAGUCGGGCAUCCUUUUGCAUUGCAAGGAAUGACUCUCACUUGAAAUGUGAGGAACAUAUUGUUCCCAUUCCAUCUAAUAACAGCCACUUCCUUACCCUUGUACCUGAGCAGUGUAUUACAUGUAAGCAACACAUUUACUGCGAUGACUGUGUAAGAUCUAAGCAGUGUGAGUGGCUGCCAGACCAGGCUCACUGCGCAAGAAAGGGGCGGUUCUCAGGAGCCAUCACUGAUGAAGGAAAGUGUCCUGCACCAUGUCACAAGAGGAAGACAUGUGCCUCUUGCUUAGGUGAUCCAGGGCGGUGUGCAUGGUGCCAGGAAACAAAGGAAUGUUUUCUCUUCUCUGUCUAUACCUCUGUAUACCAGUAUGGGUCAUGUCGUGUCUGGCUGGAUGAAGAUCAUACUAAUGUGACCUCAUCUUUACGCUCUACUGUCUCCAGCCAUGCAGAUGAUACAGAAGCCAUUGGCACAACAUUGCCAUAUUUAUCAACUAGUACCCCCUUGCAAACCACAACUUUAGGGAUGACAAUUGAUUCAUCUGAAUGCCACAUAUGUGAAAGCUUGCAAGGGUGCGAUGCCUGCUUAGAGUCCCUUGGCUGCGGUUGGUGCUACAAUGUGUUUAAUCCCACAAUUGGGAUUUGCACAGCAGGGGACUUCUCCAAGCCAAAUAGAGAGAACUGCAACAUCCUUGUUGAGCCUUACCUCCAGGCAGCACAGGACAAUUCUUCCAUCGUAGUUGAUGUCCAAUCUUCUGCCAGCAACUGGUCCUUUGCCUCAUGCCCUGAUGUAGAUGAAUGCAAACUCAACCUCCACAAUUGUCACACAAAUGCCACGUGUACAAAUACCCAUCCAGGAUACAACUGUACUUGUAACAGGGGAUUCCGUGGGAAUGGGCGGGAUAAGUGUGAGAGGUCAUGCUUUGAAACCUGUGUCCAUGGUUAUUGCUCUGGACCCCCAAACUAUGAGUGCAUCUGUCACUUAGGAUGGACGGAGCCAGACUGUGCCACAAACUGUGGAUGCAAUAACCAUUCCACGUGCAGUAGUGGUUUGGGCGUUUGUGACCAGUGCCAGGAUUGGACAAGUGGAGAGUUUUGUCACGUGUGCCAACCUGGGAGUUUUGGCAAUGCAACCACCAUUGGAUGUCACAAGUGUAACUGUAACGACCAUUUUGAUGAAUCUCGAGGACGUUGCAACCAGACAACUGGACAGUGUUACUGUAUUGACAACACCCAUGGCCACAACUGCCAGAAAUGCCUGCCAGGUUUUUUCGGUGAUCCACGAAAUGGGGGCAAAUGCUAUCAUGAGUGCAAUGCAAGAAAUAUCCUCUAUAAUGCAGAGAGAGGAAAUUUAGGGGCACAGACUACUGGCAUAGAUGUUGGAGCAACUUGCAUGUGGAUAAUAACUCCCUAUGACUCUUUGGAACCUCUGACAUCAAUUGUCCCUGGGAAAUAUGUUAUCCAGAUAACCAUCAAGGAAAUCAACAUACACUGUCGCAAAGGGAUGCUUUACAUCUAUGAUGGUCUCCCAGAUUUUGUGUCACAGCACUCACGGUGGGACCGCCAGAAUCACAUUGUGGGAGCAUUCUGUGCCAAAGAGGCUUCAUACCCUGUCACUGUCCAGGCCACCUCAGGCUUCAUGACUGUUUUCUAUGAAAAGAGCGACCCCGAACAAGGCUUCAAUGCGAGUUAUGAGGUCCUACAGUGUGUCAGCAAUGUUGGUAAAAAUCGUGUGUGCAUCAAUAACAAGCCUGUGUGUAAGGAUCGGUGGUCAGGAGUGCAUUGCAAUGUGCCUAUAUGUCCCAGCAAGUGCUCUGAGGAUGAAGGAAAGGGAACCUGUGACACAGUGUAUGGGCGUUGUAAGUGUGCAGAGGAGUUCAUAGGAGAAGACUGUAGCAUCGUCCGCCGGAAUCAUCAGGUUGUGGUCACAGAACUCUUCGUUCCAGAGAACGUUGCACCAUCUCAUUCCCAUCUGACAAAAGUGCUGCCGCGUAUGGGUCAUUCCAUGGUUGUGGAUCACCAUUACUCCCUCUGGAUAUUUGCAGGUUAUUCAUUAUCGCGUGGACCUCUGAAUGACAUCCAGCAGUUUGACACCCUGAACAAAACCUGGGUGCAGGUGACUGUUAAUGUGCAGCCAGGACAUCAGCCUCCUCCAAGCCGCUAUUUCCAUGCAGCUGCUUAUGUGGUGACCCAGCGGGAAAUGUAUGUAUAUGGUGGAUUGAAUGAGUCCGAGUUCUUGGAUGACUUCUGGAGGUUUAACAUCAUAACUGAGAGCUGGAAGAAACUAAACACCCAUCCAGAUUUGCCAGCCUUAGCAGGACACACACUGACCUACCACAGUGAUGCCGAAUCUCAGUCAUUGGUUUUGAUUGGAGGUGCUUCCUCCGUUUUUGGGUUCUUGGAUGAGGUAUGGGAGUAUGACUUGCGAAAUGAGGAGUGGAAGAUGGUUGAAACUAGGGGUGCCAAGCCAUUUGGCUUGUAUGGCCAUAGCACUGUGUAUCAUGAGAGCACCAAGACCUUUUAUGUACAUGGGGGACAGUCAUUCAAAGUAGAUGUAGUUGACCACUCCUCUGACUUGUAUGCACUUGACUACAACCGCAAGAAAUGGUCAGUUCUCCCAACAGAUCAUAAGAUAAAUCACAAUCCAGCUUCACGUCCAGCUCCAAGAACAUUCCAUUCAGCUGUCACUACAGAAGACUACAUGGUCAUCAUUGGAGGUCUUAUUACUGAUCCUUUGGAUUCAAACCAAGGACUGAUGGUCUAUUCAUAUAAAUGCAAUAUGUGGAUUCCUCUCAACAAUAGAUUUAAUACAUUGGUUGGACAUGAAAUCAUACCUCACAUAGGGAAUAGUGCUGCAAUACAUGGUUCUAGUAUAUAUGUUUUUGGUGGCUACUAUGGAACUCCUCAGGGCUCAGUUAUUGAGAUUGUAAUUCCACCAGACCUCUGCACACUGAAUACCAAUGAGACCCAGUGCCGUGACAGGAUUGGUUGUGCCAACUGUGUUGUGUAUGAGAGCACACGAACAAACACUUCAUACUGCUAUUCGAAUACCAAAGAAGAGCCGGACACUUGUCAGAGUCCUCGUGGUGGAAAGAGCAGUGUAGUAGGUGUACGAUGUGACAAGCAGCUCCUUGAAGAUCAUGACUGCUACCAACACACAUCUUGCACAGAAUGCUUGGCAGAGUGGCCAGCCCAUCCAAACUCAGAGCAACGUUGCCAGUGGUGCUUUAACUGUUCCAAAGGGAAAUGUAUUCCCCGUGAUAAUGAUUGCUCAAAGGAAAAUCUUUGUGAUCAGCAGUCUAGAGAUGAUCCAGGACAUGGAAUGUUUAUCACUGAUUCAGAUGAGUGCUAUAAGAAUGCUUGUGUUACCACAGAUUGUGACAAGUGCCGAAACCUGCGAAGUGAGUGUAUAUGGACAAGACAGGUAAUGCAGACCUCAGAACUUGGUUAUCAACUCCAUGUUAUGCCAAUAUAUAACUGGAAUUGUGUUAAAGAAACAAUCAAGAGGCACAUGUCUUAUCCAUUAGAAUCAGCACCACCUCGUCCAUGUCCUCUCCGAUGCCAUGGACAGAGGACUUGCAGUAACUGCCUCAAUGCCAAAGGUGCUGAAGGAGGGUGGCAGGAAUGUCAUUGGUCUCCUUCUCUUCAACAAUGUUUUUCCCCAAGCUAUGUUGCACUGAGGUGUGUUGGUGGUGCAUGUGGUGUCAUCCUUACUGGGGGAGCAGAACAUUGUCCACAGCCAUGUGAAGAAUUUACUCAGUGUGCACAUUGUCUAGCUAAUCCACAUUGUGGCUGGUGUGCACAAGAUACACCAAUGGGCGGUUCAGGAAUAUGUACUGAGGGCCUGUUGGAAGGACCUUAUAAUGGCACAUGUGAGGAUCGCAUUGCUAUGCUUGCCCAAACCAACACCUCUGUGACAACCCUCCAUCGUCUUCGCCACAACACCAGACGAUUAUCAGACUCUGAUAGAGGGUUAAUAUCAGCAGUGUCUUGGCAUUAUGAUGACUGUCCUCCAGAAGAUGAAUGCAGGAAUGGACAUCACACAUGUGAUAGGAAGAGUCAACUAUGUACUGAUCGCCUUGAAGGGUAUGAGUGCAUCUGUGCUCCAGGGUAUAACAUGACAAAAGAUGGGAACUGCAGUCCUGUAUGUUCCCAGGGAUGUGUAUCUGGAACUUGCAUUGAACCAAACAAUUGCUCAUGCCAUUUUGGUUUUGUUGGUGCAAAUUGCUCUAUAAAAUGUCAUUGCAAUGGUCAUUCAGACUGUGCAGGAACUGAUCAGUUAGACAAAUGUUUACAGUGUCAUAAUAACACAAUGGGUACCCAGUGUGACAAGUGUAAACCAUUUUUUGUAGGAGAUCCAAGCAAUGGAGGUAGCUGUGUCAGCUGCUAUAACUACUGUAAUACUCACACUAAUAGUUGUAUUUCUCGUGAUCUUCUCUCCAAGGCGAACAUAUCUGUUUUGGAACCUCCACCUGAUAUUUUCAUGGUCUUAAAUGUAACAGAAGGAGCUAGAACGGAGGCAGUGUGUUUGAACUGUAAGGGCAAUACCACCGGGUCAAAAUGUGAAGGGUGUCUCUCUGGGUAUUUUAGGGGGAAACAAGAUUUAAGUAGCUCGUGCAGGCCUUGUCAGUGUAAUGGUCAUGGCACGAAGUGUGACCCAGUAUGGGGAAACAAGUGUAAUUGUGGGAAUAAUACAGAUACACAGUGCAGCUCUAAGACUAGAGGAGGAAAUGCAGAUAAAGAUGAGGAGAAAUCUUGCUGGCAACAGCAGUGUUCCAAGUGUAAAGACUCUUACCUAGGGAACCCUAGCAAUGGUCACCAGUGUUUCAUGCAAAUGAGUGUUGAGAAGGAAUACUGCCUGGACCCAUACACACAGAAUGAAUGUGGGAAUGAACCGAGCUCUCUGAGUCAGGGCCAGACUGUUUUCUUUGCUGUUCAACCCAAGUUUAUGAAUGUGGAUAUCAGACUGAUCAUUGAUGUGACCAAAGGGGGUGCUGAUGUGUAUUUCAGUUCAAGAGAUGAUACCUUUGUUGUUACAGUCAACCAGACAACAGGAAAGCAUCAAGUGGAUAUUGACAGCAACUACCCAAUUGCAGAGGAAGAAGCGCCUGUCAUGUACACUGCACCUUUGAAGCGCAACUACAUUGGCACUGGCUUUGAUUUCUUUGAAUUAGGUGGGAUUUCACUUAAUCCUAAAAAGGAAAUGGUUGUGAAUAAGACUCAGCGAACCAUCACAGAGUACCAUCUCCUGGAGAAGACUGCAGAAGGGCUCAAGACAUUUGCAACUGUCUCAAGAUCUAGUGAUAUUUUGAUAGUAAGAAAUGUCAGCAACAGACUAGUCAUAACUCUUCCUCAGCUCCAGCAUGAUUUGAGGUCUGCAAAAUUCUAUGUUAUUGUGUAUGGGAUUGGAAAUGAGAAUGAGAUUGAUACUUAUGGAUCAAUUUUCUUUAGACAGGAUCAGCCACGGAUUGACUUGUUUGUAUUCUUCUCUGUGUUUUUCUCUUGCUUCUUUCUCUUCCUUGCUGUAUGUGUUGUUGUAUGGAAAAUCAAGCAGGGAGUAGAUUUACGAAGAGCAAGAAGGCGUCAUGUGGUGGAAAUGCUGCACAUGGCCAAGCGACCAUUUGCUGCCACCACUCUGGUCCUGCAUGCAGAGGAUGAGUUCCACCAGGAUGUGCCUGACAUUGCGCCAGACCCCACACCUUGGUCCCCAGGCCGAAGGAAGCGAGCUGCCAAGAAGGAACGCUAUGGAGAUGGCUUUGAUGUGGGACCUCUUGCGGUGGAGCCAACUGAUGAUGGUGUGGCAGCAGUGCUGACGGUGAUGGUGCAGUUACCUGGUGGAGGGAUCGGGAGUGCGACAGGAAACGAGGAUGGACCAACACACCGUUUGGCGCUGGGCUCAUCACUCUGCCUGAUGGCACGCAUCUAUCCACCUGCUUCUAGGCCGUUUCACCUCAGACGCAGGACAUCACACAUGGCAGCUUGAACCAUCGAGAGUUUAGUCAUUCCUAAUUCUUUGCCAGAACUAUCAGUUACAUAAUGUUUAAGCUUUAACCAGUGAUAAAGAAAUUUAUCUUGUGCUGUGUUUUCAGUACUGUAAUAACACAAAAAAAGUGUAUGAUAGGUAGCUAGAUUACUUUCUUUUUCUCUUUUUUUUUGUAGAACAGAUUUUCUGAAGCAUUUUUUUGUUUCUCCAGUUAGGACAUGCUCAUGAUGCAUAUCACAAAAAUAGAAAAGGUAUAAGCUGUGGGAAAAUACAGAUCAAGUACAUAAUUGGAUUUUAUAUAUUAAGGAAAGCAUGUAUUCUAAAUAUUGACAAUUGAACUGAUGCAAUCCAUUACUGAGAGGUAUGAAUAAUUUCAUAGUGGAUUGAGAUUGUUGUAAUUUGCUGUGAUAUUAUUGUCUAAUCUCAUACAUUUAGUAUUAAGAUAAAGAAAAGUAGAUAAGAUACAUGAUACUCUUUAUCAUUCUCAAAAAAUUGUGUUGACUCAAAUGGUAAUCUCAUGGAAAGGCUUGGUGUCUAUUAUAGAUGAUAAGUGCACUUUAAAAAUGAAAACAGUUAUGACAAAUUGCACUUGUGAAAUAAUACUUAAGCUGAAAUUUAUGCCUGUGGAUUGGCUGUCAAGGUUUAUUUAUGAACUUGACACAUUAUCACAUUAUUAGAAAGUUGAUUUCCAGAUAAAGCAGUACAACAUUUACGUUGUAUGGUCCUAGACUUUGGCUUAUUUGCAGAUCACAUUUCACCAGUUGCUCAGCUAUAUUUUGAAUUUCAUUUUGCAGAAUCAUAGAAAGAAAACAUUAUAGAAAUUUUUAAUAUUACAAGAAAAUAUUCUUCAUAAUUUGUUUGCUCUAUGUAUUGUUGUGUUCUGUAGUAGCAGAUGUGUGUUGUAGUUCCAAGGCUCAAUUAAAAAGGUUUAGCACUACAGUUAAUUUCAUUGGGGUGGAAGAAAUGUUGAAUGUUUUUUCAUGUUCUUUUUUAAAUGAAUUCUCUCUUUCUUGUGGGAAAACAAAAACAGAAAAUGCUUGCCAAUAUAGUGUUGAUUAAAAACAGUGGGAGUGCUUGCUUUGGAAAAAGGGAUAAAUUCUGUGAACACUACUGACAACUAAAAUUCCACGCAUUCAACCCUCCUUUUGGAUGUUAGCACAGGUAAUGAUGAUGAGUAGUUUACUUACUUCUGUGGUGCUGUAAUGAUUGCUGAAAAAAGGUGUAAGUACAUUAUUAGUCUCUUAAGUAUU